AAUAGCCCAAUAUAUAAAAUGGCAAAUAUCGUGUGCUUUGUGAUCCUUUCGUUGGCUCUGUUCGCCAGUGUGGCUGUAGCUCGACCAGGAUAUGCUCUGGACUACUAUGAUCAUCCCAAAUAUGCCUUCAACUAUGGCGUGGCCGAUCACACCACAGGAGAUGUGAAAUCCCAGCAUGAGACCCGCGAUGGAGAUGUAGUCAAGGGCCAGUACUCUUUGGUUGAGCCCGAUGGUUCCAUCCGCACUGUGGACUACACGGCGGACUCCAUUCAUGGCUUCAAUGCUGUUGUGACCAAGUCCGGACCCACUGUCCACGCCCAGGCUUUGGUGGCAAAGCCGAUUGUGGCCCACAAGCCCAUUCUCAGCCACUAUGAGCCGCAGCCGCACUAUGUGAAUCAUGUGGCACCUGUGGCCGCUGCCCCACUGGUGGUGGCUGCCUCCCCGGCGCCCUAUGUGUCCAAGCAUUAUGCCCCAGCGCCUGCUGCCCCCAUCCACUACGACUAUGACGAUGGCUACUACAACCAGGGACAACAGUACGAGUAUAUUCCCCAGUACGAUUCCGGAAACUACGGACACUAUGCGAGUCCUUAUGCGGGCCACUACUAAACCGCCCACUCGACGCGAUUUUUUUUCUUAGUUUUGUUAAGCAAAUUUAGUUCUAACUCUUCCGCAAAACAUUUUGAUGGCCUUUCUCAGUGUAGCUUGCAUGAAGAUCUUUGAGAUCUACGCUGAGAUCUGGACCACAAACGAAGAGGAAAACGACGAGGUUAAUCUUACUUAAGUUAUGUGAAAAUUUCUGUAUAAUAAAGUUUCGGAAAAGAUAUUUUUGUAAGUGGAAAUAUGAAAA